AUGCCCGCCAGGGCGUCCCGGUCUUGCGAGGAGCUGGCCCCGUUGCUCGCCGUGCACACCACGAACGGCCUCCUGGCGCCCAGCUUCAAAGUGUCGAUGGGCCGCGCCCAGGCAGGGUUGCCUCGACGAGCACCAGCAGAGGCUUCCCGGCAUCGCCCUGCUGCGCGGUCCGCAGCACCUGCGUGGUCUCCUCGCCCAUAUCCUCGACCUCUGUCAAGACUCUCAGGCCCAACGAGGACAGCGCGGCGACGUGAGCCUAGCCAUGCAU